AUGCUCAACGCCAACGGCUUUGUGCCCAACACGUGCUCGGCCGUGGAGGAAAGCGUGAUUGUACCGGCUGCAUGGACGGCCGUCGGCGUCGCCCUCGCGCAGCAGUGGUCGCUCGAGCUCGCAAAAGCAAGCCCGCUGUACAUUACGACGUGCAGCAUUGGGGGCAGCGCAGACGUCGGAUGGGCCAACCUCGAGUUCAUCGCCGGAUACGCUGCCUUCCCCGAGUGCUUGCCGACCAACGGCGCGCAGCCCGUGGCGGGCAUGAUGAUGCUGGAAACGACGAUUCGCGAGAAGUACCCCGAAGGCGUCUACCUCAUGACACUCUACUCGGACCUGACGCCAGAAAUGCAGCUCGUCCAAAACUAUGUCAACACGGAUGGAUCUGUGGCGCCCCUCAUUGAUAACGUCAAGCGAACAGUGAUCACGCAAGCAGGCGGCAUCGAAAACGACCUCCUUGGCUCUGACUACAUCAUUACGUCGCGGCCGCUUGGUGACCGAUACUUGGUUACCUCGGCGUGCCACACGGAGAUCGAAGAGCUCUCGGGGCAGAUUUCGGCGUUGGGUCUCACGGGCUGGAGCCAAGGUGCCCACUCGAAAUUGCCCAUCGUGCCGGGCUGGAACUGCGGACACGACGUCGCCAACGCGAAUGAGCUCAUUGCGAUUCAAGUCAUCUUUGCCGUCAUGACGCUCUUGCUGCUCAGCGGCGACCUCCUCACCACGUAUCAAGGGCUCAAGGGUGUUUUGGGUGGGAAACCCGUGCUCACGUACGCGAUUCUCUCGGGUCUGGAGCGGCGCAAGCUGCUUAUGGUCUGCAUCCUUGUCAACGCGAUGCCAGGCCUUCUCUACAUGGAUGUCUCGCGCAUCUACUUCUUUACAGAAAAUGGCUUCAAGAUCUGGAGUCUCUCUGCUCUCAUGGUGGCGAGUUUCGUUUCCUUCGGGUGGCUUCUCGCAGUGAGCCUUCUGGAUUGGCUGUGCCGACCCCUUCGGUCGCUCCUUGGCCAAAAGUGUCUGACGUACUCGGCGCCGCUCUACAUGUACGCGUCGAUUGCCGCCAUCUUCGUUGUCCUCGCGGGCGACCGCGGCCUCUUCAAACAAGUCUACAAUGCCUUCUUCGCGGCCCCGCCGUACAUAGGCAUGUUUGUCAACAAUGCGACGUGGCCGAGCGGCGCGUACGUCGCCGAGGGCACGCCCACGGCGUUUACGUGGCUCCAAAGCGAAAUUCUAACACCGCUUUUCGUGUCGUGGGUCGCCUCGAUCGGCUACGCGACGCUCUAUCGCAUCUUUGCCGUGCGCCGGUGCGACACGGCGUCGACGUCAUCGGUAUCCACUGCGAGUAGGAUCUUCCUCUCGACCAACUGGUGCAGCACCAACUCGUUCCUCUCGCACGUCGCACCGCCCAGCGUCCUCACCACGCUGCCGCUCGAGCAGUCGAAUGCCAUCAAGAUUGGCAACCGCAUGUUCUGCAAGCCGAGCACCAUGGCGCUGCUUGGGUACGCCACCGUUCUCAACGCGCCAGACGCGACCGCCUCGAUGAAGAAAGCCGACGAGGAGUUUACGAUCGUGAGCAUCUACAGCUUAGUGCUGGCACUGUACAGCCCCAAAUGGUUCUGCGUGAAGCCUCGCGCCGUCGGCAGCAUUGUCGCCAACACGUUCCGAGAGACCAAAGGACCGCUCGACCGGACCAAGACGUACAUCUACACGCGCGGCACCUGCAUUAGCUAACUUGAUACUUUGAUACUCGACAUGGACUAAAGGCAUGCAUUGAAACAACGCACGUACUCGCAGA